AUGCUCGACCAUGUCAAUGUUAACCCAUCAUGGAACGGAGCUGGGACAGUUUCGAGCACCACCAUCACAAACAUUAGCGCCCUUUCGAGCGGGAUGGCCUACUCGGCUCGGUUCACGGGAGACACCACCGUGCUGUCGACUCGAUACGCCGGCACUGCGAACGGCGUGAUUGCCGGUCUGCUCUACGUUCCCGACCUGCCGUCUGACGACUCGUGCAUUUAUGAGACGGCACACCACGUGCCUCUGUCCGCCGUUCACCAGGCCAACCUCCCGCCCAUGAAUUAUCACUUGAUCGCCAUUGCCCCAUGGGUUAACGGCCGUUGCGCUAAUGCCUACUUGACUUCUGCUCUCACCGCUCCUGUCCGCGCUUUUCUCUUCUACCUGCCGGGCGCUGACGCUGGCCCACCGCCACCCGCCGACUCCCCUGAUUGGUACAUCCAAGACCGCGCCGACUGGAUGACAGAAACUGGCUAUCCUGUCUAUGCUGUAUCAAGCAUGGCGGGCCAAGUCAUGAUGCAGCACUUGAGUCUGUACUCGGGAAACAUGAGCGAGGUGCCGUUUGGCCAUAACAUCACUGAGCGCUUCCUGAGCGGUCCCAAUGAUUACCUCCGAAUCUGGACUGAACUGGACAUAACCACGCACACAGCCGCCUUCGAUACCUGGGUCUACGCUCUCAUUAUUGUCGGUCUUCUUCUCACCGUCAUCACUACGACUUCGCUGCUUAUGCACUUUGCCCGGGCACGAGCACGUGCGAGUCUGCGACGCCGCGUUAUGGCAGGAGACGUUAACCUAGAGGCUAUGGGAAUCAAGCGCCUCACCGUCCCAAUGGAGCAUAUUCAAAGGUUCCCUUUAUUUACUUACAAUUACGAGCCAGAAGCCAGCAGUCCACCACUUUCUCCACGGUCGGCCAAGACUGCAUGGACUCGCACCAGGACACACUGUUUGGGUCAAACCUUGCGUAUCACGGCGCCCAUGUCUUCCACAGUCUCUGAGCACGGGUUGACUAGCCCCCUCGCCCGGUCAAGAACGGCCACUGACUACCAGCCCAACUGCGAAAUCUGCCUGGAGCUCUUCGAAAACCGGGCGACGGUCAUCCGCGAGCUCCCAUGCCGCCAUAUCUUCCAUCCCGAGUGCAUCGACGAGUUCCUGCUCCAAAUCAGCUCUCUCUGCCCCAUCUGCAAAACCAGCAUGCUUCCCGAGGGGUACUGUCCCAAGAUCACAAACGCCCUGGUGCGUCGGGAGCGCGCCAUCCGGCGGUUACGGAGCCGUGUAGAAGAUUUCCACAGUGUUGACGAGGGGACCUGCUCUGGCAAACCCCAGGGUUGGUGGAAAACGACUAAAAGUAGGAUAUUCGGUGCGCAUAGUAGCGAUCCCUUGUCAUCGACGUCGACCGAGCUCCAAGAGGCCCAGCCGAGGCCGUCGGGAAAUCGCCCGCCACAGCCAGUUCGGCUGCAACUUCUAAGAUCCAGUUAUCAGGAUGGCGCCGGUCGCCAGGGUGGUGCGCCCACAGCGCUGGCGAGGGAGCGCAUGCGGGAGUUGGCCGGGUUUCAGCCGGACUACGGGGAGGCUGGAAUGACCAUUUGGAAACGGAUACGCAGCCAGAUCUUCCCAGGCUUUAACUGAGGAGCCCAGGCUUUCACUGAGGAGCGCAAUCUGCAUUUUCUUUUGGCUAUAAUUGAAGUCUUUAUUCGAAACCAGAUGGCAAUGCAAGAUACCCUCUCCUUGCUGUUCCUCAGCUGUGCUGAUCGUUGAGCUGCGGUACCCUACGGGAACACAUCCUCCCGGACCCCAACUCGCAUGCGAGAACGAGGUUCAGAUUAUUAUUGGGGCAGCCCUCAGAGGUAGGCAAUGAUGGCAAGGCAGAAAACGCGCCACCAUCUUCCCUUUUCGCGGGAACAUGACGGCAAACACCAGCUUUAACUCCCAUCAGAAGGCUAGCCAUGAUGGUCUGCUCAGUACGCCGAAAAACACCACCGUACCCAC